AUGUCUCAGCCCAAGACAGUUGCGCAGCGCAUGGCAACUCGGCCUAAGAAUGCAACUCAACAUCCGGGACGCAUCGUGAUUGAAAGUCAGGGAAAGAGACGUACCGCUGUUCAGAAGGCCGCUGACGACCAGCGCGAAAAGGAGGCAAAGGAGGCAAGUCAUAAAGCUGUGCAGGAAAGUUAUCAGCGUAUUGCAACUAUGCAAGCACAGAUGCAGGCUGAUCAAGAGAAUGCCCGUUGGGGAAGGCUGCAAAAAACCUCGAAGACCCCCGACUCGACUAUGGAUGGUAGGCAAGCAGGAGCAGAAAUUGUCGCCACUGAUAAGCCUGUUGUCGCCAAAGGCAAGGGUCAAAAGGGUAGAGCCAGACAGUUAGCAGCUGGUGUUAAUGUUGAACAUCCUGCGACUGAUGAAGACUUGGAGGAGGAGCCAGUAGCAGCAAAACCCCAGAGAAAAAAGGCCACCAAACCGCUGGUGAGAGAUGCGAUUGAAGCGUUAAACGCUGGCGUCGUUAUCGAUGGAUCAACAAAGGCACGUGACGCAAACGUCAAGACGAUUGAUAUUGCUAGUACUAGCUCCGCUUUCUCUAAGCUCACAAGAGGGAGCACUAUCAGCAGCAAUGUUCCACCCCCGUCCACACCCAUCAGUAUUCCCGAUGCUGGGUCUGCUUUCUCGGGCCUGUAUGCGUCUGAUGCUGACGAGGACGAGUACGACUCGGAGGAGCUGUUCACCAAACCUCUUUCUGGUUUCAAAGGCAAAAAGGCUUUAACUCACUUGACGAUGUUUUCCCUCGCGGUGCAACCUCAGAACCUGAGCAGCCUGAUCCAGUUGAGGAUGCCAAGCGCGCAGAAGUCCUCAGCUGAUAUCCGCGACCAAAUUAUCUUCAUGAAUUCGGGUAUUGGCGACAUCCCCCCUCCUCCACAGCUUGCCUCCCUGGGGGACUAUAAGUCCGAUUCCGAUGCCAGUCAUGAGCUACAGGCCGCGGAUUAUGACUCUGACCUUGUACCUCCACCCCUCGCCCAAAAACCCUCUUCCCGCUCCGCCUUCCCAGUGGAUUAUGAGUCACUGGCUGCAAGCCAGAAGCGGAAACAGCCACCUCUUCUGAGCGAGGACGACUUAUUGUCGCUAUCAUCCGAUGAUGAAAUCGUGGAGAGCACUAAUGACCGUAUGAUCGCAAUUAAGGCUGAACCUGCUUUUGAACCAGUGUCCACGCACCGGUUGACAUCUACGACCAACAUUGCUACCACUCUCAAAGCCCCUCCGGCGAAACGGCUGAAGUCCGAAUCGUCCACUACCACUAUAACUGGUUCCCAUCGCGCUAUCGCCACUGCUAUCGCCACUCCCUCCAAGGCAAUUGCGCGUUCUGCAUUCAGGAAGAAGCAUCUUCCAAAGGGUUGUCAGAUGGCAAACAAGUGGGCAAGGGAGUUCAUUCCUACUGCCAUUCGCUGUGUUGGCGAUUUAUCUGAAGUAUGGACGCUAUCAGAUGACAUUCUCUGUCCUAUCUUGCAGUCAGCCUGGGACGCGGUCUACAAAGACAAGAUUCCACACACGGUUACAGCAGACGGGCCUGUCAUCGCCCUCACCCUCCAGCGGUUGUCAGAGUGGCGCAAUAGCAUUAGCAAUGUGGCUCUCGUUGUACUCGCUAACUUCAUGAUCUCGCAGGAGGACCUCAACACCGAUCAGGACCGUCAAUAUUUCGCAUCGGGCUUGCUCGAAAGGCUCUGCUUUUUGUUUGGGGACAUCUCAGAGGACGGAGAGAUGUCCAGACCAUUCCAGUCUGACCUCCUUGUGCAGGUCCUUGUGCAGCACAAGUGCGCCACGUCUGGCGCUGUCAACAUGCCAGGAACAAACAACACAUUGCCGGGACACUCGAAGGGCGCUCUCGCUCUCAUGGAACGUGCCAUCAAACUUUUUGCCAAUGGGCAGAUGCUUCUGAGCGACAUCGACACCGCUGGCAACGGCCGAAACAACAAGACCCCGCUGCACAUCAAUCCGUCAACGGGUAAAGAGAGUAGUGUUCCAUUGGCGUUUUCAGAUGCCAAUUGGGGUGUGCAGACCAGGGCUUACACCACGUCUAUCAGCCGCUUGCCAGACUCGGUCGUUUACCGCAACUCGGAGCUCGCGCAGAGCCUUGCCAUGAAGAGGCGUGGCACACGGAUGGAGGUGGAUGACGAAACUGAGGAUGAGCGAGCCCUCAUUUUCUAG